AUGCCUCUUCUUCUCCCUACCUCUUCCUUCAAAACCACCGCUACUUUCUUCCUCGCCGGAGUUUUCUCCGUCGCGGCGGCGGUUACUUUCACCGUUCCUUCCGUUUCGCAUUUCGCGGUGUCUUGUUUUCCCACCAUCUACGAUAAUACAGUCUUCCUCCUCAAGCCACCGUAUCUUUACUUAGUCAUCAACUGUAUCAUCGUCUCUAUCGUCGCUACGUCCAAGCUCACGCAUAAAUCGCCGACUUCCGUCGAUGAUUCUGAUUUCUCCGAAGUAGUUACUCCGGUUACGGUUGUACCGGUACCGACCGAUAUCGACUCCGGUUAUUUAAACGUUGCUUCUGACUAUACCGGAUUUGUUGCGCCGGUUGAUCCGACGGUGGAGGAUGUUCGGGAGUCGUUUCCUGAUGAUAAUCUGACAGUCGAUGACGGAGGUGAUCAGAAGAAAGAGACGGAGAUGCUUAAACCGAUCAGUAGCGAUUCGUCGGAGAUUCCAAAACCGAAGAAUGAUUCACCGGAGAAGAUUUCGAUCCUGAAACAAUCGAGGAAACCGCCGAUAUUCGGUCAACAAAAAUCGCUUAAAACUAAUCCAGAAGGUGGUGGUGGAGCCACCGAGGAAGCAAGACACGCUGGAGUCGACGUGGAAGAAGAUAACGGAAGGACGUUCGACGCCGUUAACGAAGCAUUUGACCAAAUCCGACACGUGGCAAGAAAGGACGCACGUGCAAAGCUCGUCUCAGCAAAACAAGGAGAAGAUGACGAAGUCUGA